AUGGUAAAAAAUCAGAAUAACCCAGAGACCGUGUACUAUAAAGAUUAUAGUAGUCCACGUUUCUGGAUGAUCAGCAGGAAUACUAUGAGAGCAAAAGAAAAAUCCAAGCUAAAUUCUCCCCAUCUAAAUAGAACUAAUCUUAGAAGAAAAUUCUUUAAGACCCUAGUAAUAUGGAAAGAGUACAGUUCUAAUUAA